GAUGAUGAUGAUGAUGAACAUGUGGGCAGUGAUGAUGAUGAUGAUGAUGAGCAUGAGCAUGUGGGCAGUGAUGAUGAGCAUGGGCAUGUGGACAGUGAUGACGAGAACGAGAAUGAGGACCAGAAAGUGAAGGAUGAAAGCAAAAAGAGCGUCUGGUGGUUUCUUGCUUUACGUAUGAAAGCAUGAGCAUGUGGGCAGUGAUGUGCUUUACGUAUGAUAACCAUAGGCGCUGGCCAAAAGACAGCGAUGGUGGAGAUAGCGGUAGGUGCUUGGUCGUAGAUACUCCAGCAUUAACAUACUUUGAAACAUAUGAUACCACGGGGGACUCUUGCUCCAUCGAGAUGCCCUGUAUUGAUACUGCCAUUAUCGACACUGAUUCUUGCCCUGAUGACCAGUUUCUAAGAUCUCUUUCAUCUUUCUCGUAUCUUUGGCUCUGUUUAACUGUUGUGUGGUGUAGCACCAUCAAAUUUUCUCGGCUUAGACAGUGUAGGAUAUCUCCACAAGAAUCAGAUUGGAUGGAACCGACUAUAAUUUUACUUGAAAAUGCCCCGGAACUAAAACAUCUUAUUGUUGAUUAUACAUGCACAAAACAACCUGAGAAUCUGCCCCUUUCAUGGAACCAACCGAGCUUUGUUCCCGGAUGCUUGUCGUCACAGCUCGAGACUUUUGAAUGGGAAGCAUAUGGAGGAAGAGAAGAAGAGGAACAUUUCUUGGCAUACGUCCUAGCCAACUCCAAUUUUUUAAAGACUGCAACAAUCUCCCUCGGAUCCUCAUUCAGUCUUGAAGAGAAACAGAUGAUGAUAGAGGGCUUGAAAGACAUCCCCAAGGUGUCAACAGAAGCCAAGCUUGUAUUCGAUAUUUGAACGUGGUUAUGUAUUGAAUAACUAGAUAUAUAUAUAUAUAUAU